AUGGCCGAGCCCAUCGACUUCGCCGCGACCAUCGCCUCCCUCCAGGAGCAGAUCGACACCCUCAAUGGCGAGCUCGCUGGCCACCGCAAGCUCAUCGAGACGGGCGACAUCGACGCCUUUUGGCUCCUAUUUGGCGGCGUGCUCGUCUUCUGGAUGCAGGCGGGCUUCGCCAUGCUCGAGGUCGGCUCCGUCUCCAAGAAGAACACCAAGAACAUCCUCGUCAAGAACAUCUUCGACGCGUGCAUCGCCGCGAUGAUGUGGUGGGCCAUCGGCUCGUCGCUCGCCGGCGGCACGGGCGACGACUUCACGUCCGAUGGCAGCAACGGCUUUGCGGGCAACGGCGCCCUCUUCCUCUCGACGUCGACCGCCAACAAGAGCGCCUACGCCAAGGCCUCCUGGUUCUUCGGCUGGACCUUCGCGGGCGCGGGCUGCACGAUCGUCUCCGGCGCGAUCGCGGAGCGCGCGACGUUCACGGCCUACGCCAUCUACUCCGUCGUCCUCACGGGCUUCGUCUACCCGCCCGUCGUCCACAUGAUGUGGGGCGCCGGCCGCUUCUCCGCCUGGCGCUCGCUCUCCAGCCGCCCCCACAACGACGACGCCGACGACGCGUCCGCGGGCCGCCUCUUCGGCGACUGCGGCGUCAUCGACUUCGCGGGCUCGGGCACGGUGCACAUGACCGGCGGCGUCGCCGCCAUCAUCGCCGCCAAGUUCAUGGGCACCCGCAAGGGCUUCCCCGACAACCUCCCCGAGGGCCAGCCCGUCUACCAGGCGCUCGGCAUCUUCAUCCUCUGGAUGGGCUGGUACGGCUUCAACUGCUGCUCGACGCUCUACAUCGACGGCUACGCCCAGUCCGCCGCCCACGUCGCCGUCACGACGACGCUCGGCGCCGCGGCCGGCUGCCUCUCGACGUCCGCGAUCGGCUACGCUAUCUUCCACUACAUCGACCCGGGCUACGUCUACAACGGCGUCCUCGCGGGCCUCGUCGGCAUCACGUCGCCCUGCGCCGUCGUCUCGCCCGCGGGCGCCGUCAUCAUCGGCGCGCUCGCGGGCCCGGUCUACGUCGCCGCGUCCACCGCGGUCAAGAAGGCGGGCAUCGACGACGCCGUCGACGCCUUCGCCGUCCACGGCGCCUGCGGCAUGUGGGGCGUCAUCGCCGCCGGCCUCUUCGCCACGCCGUACUACUACACGGUGUCGUACUACAGCGAGCGCAAGGACGACUGCGCGGGCAUCUUCUACGGCGGCAAGGCGACGGGCUCCUUCGCGGCCGCCUUCGCCUGCAUCGGCGUCAUCCUCGCCUGGGUCGGCUCGACGAUGACCAUCCUCUUCGGCACGCUCUCCGCCACGGGCCAGCUCCGCGUCACCGCGGAGGUCGAGGCCACGGGCCUCGACGACUCCAAGCACGGCGGCGCCAUCAGCGACGUCAAGGUCGAGGACAUCGUCGCCAAGGGCGAGGGCAUCGGCGGCGGCACGGUCGUCAUCCCCUCGGAGGCCUAA